AUGCUUCUUGCUGUACCCGUUACUGUGCCUCAUGCUGUACCCGUAACUGUGCCUCGUGCUGUACCUGUUACUGUUUGUCCUGCUGUACCCGUUACUGUGCCUCCUGCUGUACCCGUUACUGUUCUUCCUGCUGUACCCGUUACUGUGCCUCCUGCUGUACCAGUCACUGUGACUAUUGCAGUACCAGUCACUGUAAAUGUUGCAGUACCAGUCACUGUGACUAUUGCUUUACCAGUCACUGUGCCUCUCGCUGUGUCUUUUGCUGUACCAGUCACUGUGUCUAUUGCUUUACCAGUCACUUUGCCUAUUGCUGUGUUAGUAACUGUUCUUCGUGCUGUACUUGUUGUUGUGUCCCCUGCUGUAAAAGUCAUUGUUGCUCUUGAUUUACCAGUAAACGUGCAUCUUUAUUUACCAGUCACUGUGCCUCUUGCUGUACCAGUCACUGUGCCUCUUGCUGUACAAGUCACUGUGCCUCUUGAUGUACCAGUCACUGUGCCUCUUGUUGUACCAGUCACUGUGCCACUUGCUGUACCAGUCACUGUGCCACUCGCUGUACCAUUCACUGUGCCACUUAAUAAACAAGUCACUGUGCCACUUGCUGAACAAGUUACUGUACCACUCACUGUACCAUUCACUGUGCCUCUUGCUGUACAAGUCACUGUGCCUCUUGAUGUACCAGUCACUGUGCCUCUUGUUGUACAAGUCACUGUGCCACUUUCUGUACCAGUCACUGUGCCACUUGCUGUACCAGGCUUUAUGUCUCUUGCUCUACUAGUUACUGUGCCACUUAAAAUACCAGUCACUGUGCCUCGUGCUGUACCAGUCACUGUGCCACUCGCUGUACCAUUCACUGUGCCACUUAAUAUACCAGGCACUGUGCCACUCGCUGUACCAGUCCCUGUGCCACUUGCUGUACAAGUUACUUCUACCAAUGACCAGAAGAAAAUGUCCAACAAAAUAGCAGGAGUCAUUGUCAAGCAAGACAUUUCCGCCAAUUGUACAGUACACAAUUUUUACGGGGGACGACGAAAAUUUAAAGAGGCUACAUAUUUGUUGGAACUGGAAUUCAUUGCUAAGUAA